AUGUUUACUGGAUUGCCAACAUUUUUGAGAUACGUGCUUAAUUUCGACUUGGAAGAAACUGGGUUUUUAUCAUCUUUACCAUAUCUGUUCAUGGCCAUAACAUUGAUUAGUUUUGGCUAUCUGUCUGAUUUAUUGACAUCCCGAUUUUCUACAACAGUUAUUCGCAAAAUAUUCAUUGUGGCCGGCUUAUGCUCACAGACAAUUGCAAUGAUAAUUAUUAUUCUCGUUGACAAUCGCUAUGUAAUAGUAGUUAUAAUAAUUGUUAGUGUCGCCUGUGGAGGUAUAACAUGGAGUGGUUUUGGAAUUAAUUAUUUAGAUAUUGGCGCUCAUUAUGCACCAAUAUUGGUUGGCUUAGCAACUACGCUUGCGUCAAUCGCUGAGUUUUGUGCACCGAUUGUGACAGGUUAUGUUGAUAAAAAUCAUGUAAGCUCAAGUCUCAUGUAA